CACAUCCCAACAGGGAAUGUCAGACUACAGUGAUGGGCUUUGUGCCAGAAUGCGUUUGUGACUAAAAUUGAAAGUGGACUCUAUAAAAGAGCACGUGGAGUCAGAGGGACCCAAGCUGGACUGGAGGCACAACAGAGGAACAGCAGUCAUAGUGUUCUAUCUUGACAAGGAACCAGCAAGAGCAGAGGCAUGUCUUACCACAGUACAGCUAAGACCUCCCGGUUCAUUCCUGCCAUUUUCCUGUGGAUCUGUGUCUUUUUCUCCUUCUGCAUGGUGACCCAGGCUGAUCUAGCCAAUGACUGCUGUUUGAGUGUUGGCAAGAAGGAAAUAGCAUUUUCCUUUUUGACGGGAUAUGAAAUCCAGGACAAAGGCAAAGGAUGUGCGAUCGAUGCUGUGGUCCUGAUCACCAGAAGAGGCUUCAAACUCUGUGUACCAGCCACAGAAGAAUGGGUGAAGAAGCUCACAGCCAAAAUUGAUAAAGAGACUAAGAGAUGCAAAUCCAAUACACUCCAGGACAGAAUCUGCAAGAGGCUGAGAGCCCCCGGCUUACCCAAAAGGCAGUGAAGGUCAUGCCCUCUUCCAGCUGACGGUGACUCAACAGUCCAGAUACCAGAUUCACUUUCUGUUCCUUUUACUCACAGCUUUCCAUGUCUUCAUCUUCUUGCUUUACUUCUGUAUAAGACAUCCAUCAGUAGACUAUAAGUGAAAUUAGGGGACCUUAGAUAGUGGAAACAGACCUUGUCUAAUGAAUCUCCUGUAACUGUAACUCAUUAACCUGUUAAACAAUUUUUUGUCAUCAUCGUGCUGAAACUGCAAAUUACUGACUUGGAAUACUUUGUUGUUGGUUCACAACAGAUUCAUAUUAUUCAAAAUUUUUUUGUAAGUGUCAAGCUAAUGUACAAUCAUAUUAAAUAUUACAUACCAAAAUAGUAUUUAUGGUAAUAUUGAAGUGAUUGAUUUCCAUUAUAUGUGUAUUAAUUGUUUUCCUUAUAUGCCUUGAAUAAAAAAGACUCAUAUAUUGAUC